GCUGUAUUUAAAUUGUAUUCUAAGAUGGCAGUUUUGAUCGAAUUCUGCUGUCUUGAUCUUGUUAAACUGAUUUUGCUAAACGUUUCUGCUUAAGUCAUCACUGUCAGUGUUUAUAAUCACCAUCACUCAGAUUUCUGAAUCUAUAGGCAUAUGUGACAGCAUUAUUAGGCAGUUUUUACACCUACUAUUACAGCCUUAUCUCUCCCUAUAGCAUGAAUAUUACUUCACUGAUAUAUAUUUGCCUGUCACCCUAUCUGUGUCUCUAACCAUUAGAUUUCUUGUUUUUGCUCAGAUGUUCGCAUGUCCCAACUCUUAUUCGUGUUCUUUCACUCCUACCUACCUUCAUAGAUUAGUUUCUUCUGCCAAGGACAGGUUGUCAGAGAGACAAUGGGGAGCAGGAAACCCCUGGGCUCAGAGAACCUUUCACCUUUCACACCCUUCCCUAGACAAGCCAACGUCAUCGCUGAUAACCACCCGGGGGGAGGGGGGGAAUCCAGUGUUAUGCCCUCAUUCUUGAAGAAUGACAGGUCCCUAUUGUUUUCAUUCUUUCACUCCUCUGCCAUGACUCCUUUCCGUGGUUGCUUGGAACAGGAUAUGGUGGAAGUUUUUCGUUUGAUAUUUCUGCUUUUACUUCUCACAUGGUUUUACAUUGUUCAUCCACCACCAGGGGAACAUGAUCAGCGAUUUUGUGAUAAUCUGUAGUAGCUAUAUUUUAGUGUGGCAAUAAUGGGUGAUCUUUCCUGGUUUCUUUUAUAUCACAUGCAGACAGUAGUGGAAAAUCUUCCAAAAGCCAGCUGCCACCAUUUCACCUCCUCCAAUCAUGUACAGCUCAAGAUGCUCCCAAGCCAAGUUUGGUCUGGAGGCGAGGGGUCACCCUCAUAAGCCCAAAGGAAAAAGCUGCGGCUACUACAUGAGGAUUGUCUUCUUCUUUUCCUCUUUGAUCCAGUCUCUGAUCAUCGUCAGCCUGGUGCUCUUCCUCAUCUAUGGACAACCAGAAAAGUCUGCAGAGGAGAAGAGGGUUAAGGAGCUUCAGGACAACUUCAACAGGCUGAGUGACAACAACCUCAAGUUGAAGAAAGAGAAGACCGAGCUGGGAGCUCAGCUGGGAGCUCGCACAGCUGAGAAAGCAGCUUUGGAGAAAGCGCUGCUGAGACUAAAGACUGAUUCUAAUACCACAGAAAAUGAUCUAAAAAAUAAAUGGGCUGAUUGUAAGAAAUCGUUAUCAAUUUCCACGAUGACACGGCGCACCUAUCCUCAGAUCCCAGCCACCACUGGCAGUGAAUUAAAAACUUUGCAGACCCUUAAUGAGAAGCAGAGAGCUAUGAUAAAUCUCAUUGGAGUAAACUUCACCCAGACGGUUCAUGAUCUGCGCCAGGAUAGAGACAACGCCCUCAGAGAGAGAGAGAGAUACCACAAGGAUGCCAUCAUCCAGCACAGGGAGAAAACCAUGCUGAAGGAGCAACUCGACACCUACGCCAGGAAAUGCAAAGAGGACUUUGCUCACUCUUUGGAUGGGAUCAAAACAGUGAUAGGGGAAUUCCUGAACCGAAUCAACCACCUCUUUCCCCACCAAAUGACCUUUCACCUCACCUGUGGCAGCCAGAAGGAGCAAAUGGAGAAGAUAAGGAACAGCUGCACCAACCUGUCCAGGGAUGUGGAGAAUAAGUUCCAGCUGUAUUUAGACAACGUCGGCAAUCAGGUAGCAAAGAUCCAAGCCCUGUCCAGUCGUCUGGAGGUCCAAAAUUCACACUUGACAGCUGACCUGAAGUUGUGUGAACACAGUCGCAACGUGACUGCCGCUGAGGCCGCCAGGCAGCUGGAGCUCAAUCAAAAGACUCAUGAUGACAAGGUUGAGAAAUUACUGAUUGAGCAGAACACGCUGAGAGAACAGAAGAAGCUACUGGAACAACGUCUGGCUGAACCUCAGAACCUCCAUCUAAGGCUCAAUGCUCAGUCCAAUUUUAAGCCUGCUGUUUCUAAAGUUGCUGGCCCACAGCCCGCCCCACACCAGGCCACACCAACUGUGGCUAACUGGUUUUCUGGCAACAACAAAACUCCAAAGGUGAGAUGAAAUGAAAUGAAAUGGCAGAGUAAUUCCUGAAGGCACCGCCUCUUUGUUAAAGUAAGGUGUUGUAUUAUCAUCCACUCAUUUAUACAGGUUUUUCCUUUAAUUAGUCACCUGUCUGUAUAUAUUCUUGAUAGAAUACACUUCAUCAAACAUAACUUGUAAAUACUCUGACUCUAUACUAAUAUUUACUGUUGUUGUUUUGUUUAGCUCAACUUGGAACUGAAGAUUAAUUUGUGUUUGAGUUUAGUCUACUUUGGAUAAUCGACACUGGAAAAUCUUAUUACCACACAAUUCAAAUUGAGCCUUUUGUCCUUAGUCUCUCUGGCAUUAACUACAUAACAAAGACAGGAUUCUGGACAGCAGCUCCUCACACAUCUGCUAUAAACAGAAUAUUCUUAAAAUAGCUGCAUUUAUACACAGCCCGGAUGAGAAUAGACGUCCACCAAGUCAUAAACACAUUGUCACAGAGUCAUUUACAGUUCGAAACAAUGUACAGUUUAUCAGAAAUAAGACUGAAUGUUGCCAUUUUAAUGACUAUUUCCAUUAAAAGAAGAAUUACUGUUUUGCUGUUGUAUACCUCUGUUAACCAGUCAAAUACGCAGGAAUGGCACAGACGUCAGGAUUAUGGAAGAGGAUUAGGGCCACUGUAAAAAAAAUGUAUUUGAUUCGUCAGAAUUCUGAAGGAAAAAAGUCAGUUCUGUGAUAGAAGUCAGAAUUAUGAGAUUAAACUCAGAAUCACUAAGAAUUCAGAAUUAUGAGAGAAACAAAAUCUGAAUUAUAGCUUUAAACAAAAUUCUGAGGGGAAAAUAUUUCAUAACUCAAAUUUUUUAGUGGCCCUAAUCCUUUUCCAUAUGAGGAUAUGGUGCCCAUUGAUGAUCCCAAAACAUUUGGUUUCAGCUACAGCUGUUGCCAGCACAGAGGCAUAAAAAAGACUGGAAACCUAUUUAUUGCCAUUUUCAUGGUGCAUUUUACAAGUACAGUGGCUAUUGCAGUAUAUGAACUGUUCUCAAACUUUACUGCAGUACUUCCUUUUCCUUCAUAAGCACAAAGCAGUGAGCACAUAAAGCACUGUUGGCGUUGUCUUGGAGCAUAGGUGGACAAAUGUAUUCACUUACUAUCUAUAAAAAUAAUACCUUAUAUAGUAAUUAUGAAUUCAGUAUGAAAAAAGAAACAACAAUUAUAAAAAUGUGUUACAUAUUUGUGUGGGUAGUUACCUACUCAAACCUCGAACCUCAUCAGUUUAUUUACCUCAAAAUAUCAAACCAAAUGUCUUAAUUGCAACAGUUUUUAUAGAUUUGCAAGGCACUUUUUCAACUUCUUGUUUUCAUACGUCUCUGAUUUUCAACUGUAUUAAUUUAUCUGAAAUUCAGCUGUAUUCAUUAGAAUUUUUUUUCUUACAAUGUAACAGAAAACUAGUUUAUGCUGGAUUUUGCAAAUAUAUCAAAGAUACUUUAUAAGCCUUGGUGGAUCUAGGAAACUGUUCAUGUUCAUCAUACAUUUGCAAUGGCUGAUGAGAAUAUUUUUUUCUUUUUAAGGUUGCAGAAAAUGUUUUGCAACUAAUAUUUCAGCUGUUCUGUACUGAUAUUAUCAUAAUGCUUUAUUUUUUCUUACUCAUAUUA